GAAGUUGCCAGGGACAGAAAACAUGGCAUUCGGAGGCAAGAUGAGUAAGUCGACCCCAAACCAUGUCAUCUUCAAGAAGAUCUCCCGGGACAAGUCGGUGACUAUCUACCUGGGGAAGAGAGACUAUAUAGACCACGUCAGUGAAAUAGAACCUGUGGAUGGAGUCGUGUUGGUUGAUCCUGAACUCAUCAAGGGAAAGAGAGUUUAUGUUUCUCUGACCUGCGCCUUCCGCUACGGCCAGGAAGACAUCGAUGUGAUUGGCCUCACCUUUCGAAGGGACCUGUAUUUCUCUCGCGUCCAGGUGUAUCCUCCUGUGGGGGUCAUACACACCCUCACAAAGCUGCAGGAAAGUCUGCUGAAGAAGCUGGGGGCCAACACCUACCCCUUCCUGCUCAUGUUUCCUGACUACUUGCCCUGCUCAGUGAUGUUGCAACCAGCUCCACAAGAUGUUGGGAAGUCCUGUGGGGUCGAUUUUGAGGUCAAAGCAUUUGCCACCGACAGCACAGAUGGCGAAGAGGACAAAAUUCCCCAAAAGAGCUCUGUGCGUCUGCUGAUCCGUAAGAUCCAGCAUGCACCGUCUGAGAUGGGCCCCCAGCCCCGAGCCGAGGUGGCCUGGCAGUUCUUGAUGUCGGACAAGCCCCUGCACGUAGCAGUCUUCCUCAGCAAAGAGAUUUAUUUCCAUGGAGAACCCAUCCCUGUGACAGUGACUGUGACCAACAACACAGAGAAAACAGUGAAGAAGAUUAAAGUGUUGGUGGAACAAGUGGCCAAUGUGGUCCUCUACUCCAGCGACUAUUACAUCAAGCCGGUGGCUAUGGAGGAAACACAAGAGAAAGUGCCCCCAAACAGCACUAUGACCAAGACGUUGACCCUGGUGCCCUUGCUGGCGAACAAUCAAGAGAGGAGGGGCAUUGCCCUGGACGGGAAGAUCAAACACGAGGACACGAACCUUGCCUCCAGCACCAUCAUCAAGGAGGGCAUAGACCGGACUGUCCUGGGCAUCCUGGUAUCCUACCACAUCAAGGUGAAACUCACAGUGUCAGGCUUUCUGGGGGAGCUGACCUCCAGUGACGUGGCCACUGAGGUGCCGUUCCGCCUCAUGCACCCCCAGCCCGGAGACCCAGCAACCAAGGACAGUUUUCAGGAUGAAAAUUUGGUUUUUGAGGAGUUUGCUCGCCAAAAUCUGAAAGAUGGGGCCGAAGUCAAGCAAGGGGAGAAAGACAAGGAGGAGGCCACCAAUGAUGAGUGA